CGAAAACUCCACAACACCUCUAAAAGAACAUUUCGCGAAGAUGAUUAAAUAGUUUAGAGCCGAUGCUAAAAACUCCAAAUUACGAGAUAGCCUUCAUGCUAUUCGUGGCUGGAGUGACGUUCUGCUGUUACCUCCCCGCCAACAUCACCGCCUUCCUCAUCGUCGUCUCCGGGUACGUUGAGGCUCAAAUGCUGGCACUAACAGAAGAACUAUUACAUCUAUGGGAAGACGCUGAAAAACAUUACGAUGAUGCGAUAUCUAAUUCAAUUACUGAUAGAAACGAAGACAAGAAUGCUGUUAAAACCAAAAUAAUUAACGACUAUCUCGAAAAUAAUCUUACCUAACCUAACCUAACCUAAUUAUUUGAAAUUGAAACGGUGUUCAGGGUUGCUAUAGUACUGGAAUUCUUACUUCUAGUGAUAGCUCUUAUAGCAGAACUGUUGGGUGGGUUGGAGAACACUUGGAUAGAGCUCCCAUUCGCUUUGAUGCAAGUCGGUAUGGAUUGCUUCACGGGCCAGCGGUUGAUGGAUGCCAGCAUCAAGUUCGAAAAAGCAGUGUACGACUGCAAAUGGGAGAAUUUCAAUAUAAAGAAUAUGAAGACUAUACUGAUAAUGCUACAGAACUCGCAGAAGACGAUGCAGCUGUCGGCCGGCGGCGUCAUCGUGCUGAACCUCAGCUGCUUGAUGCACGUCAUCAGGUCUAUAUAUUCAGCGUACACGACGCUAAGAACUACAAUGAGUUAAUUUCAAAAGAAAUAAAAGUAA